AUGGAGCGCGCAAAAGCAGACGACGACGAUGGUAAUCGCGCCUUUGGCGACGGCGGCGGUGAGGAGGAGGAGGCGCUUUUAAAAAAAGAAAUCACAAAACUGACCAAAAAAGCGCAAACGUUGACGGUGAUUAACACCGCGUUGCAGCAAGAGAACGAUAAUACUGAUGAUUACGGCGAAUCAAAACGCGGAUAUACUCACAGAGAAGAAGAAGAGGCGGUAGAAGAAAUAGAGUUAGAGGAGGACUUGGAAAAGCUCAGGGCGGAGAAUUUGAAGCUUUUGGUAGGAGGAGAAGAUGGCAAAGAGUAUUUGAACGAGGAAGAAGAGGAACGCGUGAAAGCUCUGAAAUCGAGAAUGCAUCAACUGCAAGCGAGCUUGCAAACGAACGAGUUGAAACUCGCGGAGGAGAUGAACGAACGCGAACGACUGGAGAGAGUGAGACAAAGACAAGAUGGAGAGAUUGAAAACUUGAAAGUUUCUGCGCGGGAACGGCAGGAAGAGUUGAGACGCGCGAGGCAGUUCAGCGAGCAGUUACGGGUGGAGUUUCAAAGGAAGGAACACGCGAUGAAGAAGCGCUUCGAAGAGGAGCUGAGCAAGAAUCCAACUUCGUCGGAAGGAGGUGGAGAUCAGAACAGCGAGAUGGACAUUUUGAGGAGAGAAUUGAAGCAAGAGAAAGAGAGAGGAAAAGAUUUGGAGACGAGAAUAAAAGAAUUGGAGGAAUCCAUGAACGCGAUGGAGAGUCGGCACGGGAAGGAACAGGACCAGUUGAGACGAGAGACGAGGAUGGCGGAGAGUCGAGCGAGGCAAUGCGAGGAAGAGUUGACGACGGCAGAAGCAAUGAGAGCUGAAUCAAUUGCGCCACUGAUUAAGCAGAUGGAAAUUGUCAACGAGGAGAAGACGAGAGAGUCGGAGAGAAGAGACGAAGAGGAGCAUCGAUUGAAAGAGUCUCGCGCGGAAGCGGAGAGGAAAAGGAAGGAGAUGGAAGACGAAGUUGCGAAAACAAGAAGAAGUUUACUCGAGGAGAAGAAAAAAUACGAGAUGCUUUUUAAUUCGCUGAAAUUGAAAGUCGACGAGGUGGACGCGUUAGAUACGAAGAGGAGAGAAGCGUUGGAGGUUGUCAAAGAGACGCAAACGUUAAUGCACGAAAUGCGAGAGAGGGAGGGAGAUUUAAGAAAUCAGUGCGCGUCGAUGGAGAAGCAGUUGCAACGCGCAAGGAUUCAAGAGUCGGAAUUGAGAGAAAGGGAGAAAGUUAUAAAAGCGCAGCUGGUGGAUACGAGGAACGAGUUAGAAGCGAGCGUGAAAUUUGGUGGUGGUGGUGUUCAGAGUUAUAACAGUAUGGAAGGAAUGCGAAGAGAACGAGAAGAAGAGGAAGAAGAAUACGUUGCGGAAGAUGGUUUCGAAUUCGGCACAGAAUCCGACACGAACCAAACCGCCAACGUCGUCAUUCAAGCGCUCAAACACAAACUCAAAGAAGCAUCUAAUAGGCUCAUCAGAGCGGACAUAAAAAGAAAAGAAUCGGAAAAAUCCGCCAGCGAAAUGCACUAUAAAACCAUCGAUAUCGAACGCGAGCUCGAAAAGCAAAAAAAAGAACACGCGACGUUAGUCGAGUUGCUCGGUGAGAAAAUAGAGAGGUUAGAGUUUUUAGAGAAUAGCAAAUGA